GCUGAAGGUAGUUUUAUUGGUUUAUCUAAAACUUUUGAUAAGAACAGUAUUAUUGAAGAUGAAAUAUCUGUAAAAGGUAGUAUCACUUCUGAUGUAUGGCUCAAAUUAUUUACAUCAGGAUAUGGCUAGAGACUAUACACAAACAAUGUCACCACCCACGAGGGGAGCAGAUCGUGAAGAUUGA